AUGGUUGGACUACAAUUCCAAGACUCUACGGGAAUUUCUUUCAGUAGUGAGGGCUUGUACGCGACGAACAAUCAGUUCCAGAAAGCCGGUCCAAAGGGUUUCAUCCAAGUGAAGGUUCUUGAGAACGAUCAGCUUUACGUUCGUGUCGACUUGCCCGGAGUUCCAGAUGACGCCGUCCGUCACAGAGUCGACUCCGUGAGGCAAAAGGUGGUGUUUUUCUCCGGCGAGGCCGUCGACGACGGCAACAGGAAAGACCCUGUUCGUGAGUACUCUGGAUCCGCCGGUCUGAGCUGUGACUGCUGCGAGAUCACGAACGUUGAUGCGUAA